AUGUCGUGGUACAAGCAACCUUUUGGCCAGAAACCUCGGCUCAUGGUGCAAGCGUACAGUCAUUCUCCAGACAGCCUGUUUCAGGAAGAGUUUAAAAACGUGGCGCGUUUCUCCUUACAACAUAGUGAGAGCAGUUCUAACCUGACUAUUUCCAAAACAGAGCUGUCUGAUUCAGCAGUGUAUUACUGCGCUUCACUGUUCUUUAAUGAGGUCACUUUUGGAGACGGAACCAUCCUCAUACUGACAGGUGUAGAUUCCAGCAGCAGGACUGUGGUGCAGCAGUUGGUGUCAGACCCAGUGCGUCCAGGCGACUCGGUGACUCUGCAGUGUACAGUAGACGGUGAGACCUGUGCAGGAGAACACAGUGUUUACUGGUUCAGACACGGCUCGGGAGAAUCCCUUCCGGGACUCAUUUACACCCAUGGAAACAGGAGAGAUGAGUGUGAGAAGAGCCCUGAGGCUGGGUCUCCUACACACAGCUGUGUCUACAGCCUCCCCAAGAGGAACCUCAGCCGCUCUGAUGCUGGGAUUUACUACUGUGCUGUGGCCACAUGUGGGAAUAUACUGUUUGGAAAUGGGACAAAGAUAAAUAUGGAAGAUGCCCCAUGUAACCUGACUUCUCCAGUGCAUCUUGCGUUGGCAGCAGCAUUAGCUGUCAGCCUGGUUGCGAAUAUCGCCCUUAGUCAAGAUGAGGACAUGCUGAAUUAUGCUGCCCUGAAUCUAAAGAACCUGAAACCCAAGAGAAAGAAGAGGGAGACAAAGCAGGACAGCAUUUAUUCUGACCUAAAAGUCCUAGACUGGGAGUGA